AGUUAAAAUUUCAGUUUUAUUAUUUUUUAUUAUUGUUGUUGUUUUUUUCUGUUGUAAUUGAGAUAUUUGAAACGUUUAUUUAUUACUUUCUAUUAAUUAAAAUCGAUGAUCGAUACGAAAACAAAAAAAAAAUGUCGCAAGGAUCCAGUUCGAAAAGGUUUCAACAAACGCAAGCUCAGGUGGACGAAGUGGUUGGUAUAAUGCGUACAAAUGUUGAAAAAGUAUUGGAACGUGAUCAAAAAUUAUCCGAAUUAGAUGAUCGUGCUGAUGCAUUACAACAAGGAGCUAGUCAAUUUGAACAACAAGCCGGUAAAUUGAAACGUAAAUAUUGGUGGCAAAAUCUUAAGAUGAUGCUCAUACUUGGUCUAAUCGGAUUGGUCAUAUUGAUCAUUAUCAUAGUUGCCGCCACACAUUGAUUAUUUUGUUUAACCCGCACACAACCGCACACACACACAAAAAUCGGAUGGAUCUUAUUUUUUUUUCUCGAUUAUGUCCAUUGAUAAUUGUCCAUUUUUAAUCAACCAUGUGUAUCACGUUGUCCUUUUUUU